AAAGGCGAAAGGGGAUCGCCGAGGAAUUGAUCGAAUCGGGGCGCGCGUGAGCGGAGUAGCGGGGGGAUUGAGCCGCUGGGGCCGCGUCGACGCCUAUCGCUUCGUCGAGGAUUUGCCGAUCAUUCCGAACCAAACAAACCCCCACUCUCCAACGCGCGCACUCCGCUCCGCGAUACGCCGUUAAUUACUUAUUCUUCCUCCUCUCCUCUUCAUCUCUCCCGAUAGGGACGAAGCGAUCCCAUCCCCCUCAAUUCUCCUCUAUAAAACCCACCUCCCUCCCCCCCCUCCUCCCCUCGUCGAGAGCUCGAGCUUAGCAGGGGGACAUUAAUGGCGUCCUUGGUGUUCUCCUCCUCCUCCUCCUCCUCCUCCUCUUCCUCUUCGUUCUUCAUCUCCCGCGCUCGUUCAUCGCGUCGCCGCUUCGCCUCCUCCGCUCGCAUCUCCGUGAGAUGCAACAUGUACGAUUCUCUGAGGUUCGAGAACGGAGUGCCGCCGCAGCCGCCGCCGUGCAUUCCGGUGCUCAACGAUCCGACGAUGGCGGAGCUCUGCCCGGGGCCGCGAUGCCUUCAGGACGGCGUCGGCAAUCAAGUCUCGAGGCUGCGGAUCUUCUCGGGCACCGCCAAUCCGGCGCUCGCGCAGGAGGUUGCCACCUACUUGGGCAUGGAGCUUGGAAAAAUCAAGAUAAAGAGAUUCGCUGAUGGUGAAAUUUAUGUUCAAUUGCAAGAGAGUGUGAGAGGGUGUGAUGUAUUUCUCAUCCAGCCAACAUGCCCCCCUGCAAAUGAAAAUUUAAUGGAGCUUUUGAUCAUGAUUGAUGCAUGUCGAAGAGCAUCGGCAAAAAACAUCACUGCAGUUAUACCAUACUUUGGUUAUGCCAGAGCAGAUAGGAAGACCCAAGGCCGUGAAUCCAUCGCAGCGAAGCUUGUCGCGAACUUAAUUACAGAAGCAGGCGCAGACCGCAUGCUUGCAUGUGAUCUUCAUUCUGGGCAGUCCAUGGGCUACUUUGACAUACCGGUGGACCAUGUAUAUGGUCAACCUGUUAUUCUUGAUUACUUGGCCAGCAAGACAAUCUGUUCGAAUGAUCUGGUAGUUGUAUCUCCGGAUGUCGGCGGUGUGGCUAGGGCACGUGCUUUUGCCAAGAAAUUAUCGGAUGCGCCUCUAGCUAUUGUGGAUAAAAGGCGCCAUGGGCACAAUCUUACCGAGGUAUUGAAUCUCAUAGGGGAUGUUAAAGGAAAAGUGGCCGUCAUGGUGGAUGAUAUGAUUGACACAGCUGGAACGAUCGCAAAAGGUGCAGCUUUAUUACACCAAGAGGGAGCUAGAGAGGUUUACGCUUGCAGCACCCAUGCUGUUUUCAGCGAUCCUGCCGUUGAGAGGCUAUCAAGCGGCCUCUUUCAGGAGGUCAUCAUCACAAACACUAUCCCGCUUCCGGAGCAGAAAAGCUUCCCUCAGCUGACGGUCCUUUCGGUGGCGAAUCUGCUCGGCGAGACCAUCUGGCGCGUUCACGAUGAUUGCUCUGUAAGCAGCAUCUUUCAGUGACCGAAUAUUUCUUACAAUUCAAUACAUCAUAUAGUCUUUUGUGUGUCAAUUUUUCUUUUCUUUUUUUUGUUCCCAUCUUUGUGGUUCUAAGUUGCGUCGUAGGUGAACAUUUAUUACAGUUGAGAUCCCUUGUUACUUGUUCCCUUUGCUUCUCCGCUUGUGCUUAUCUGAUGUUUCUCUUUUACACUGAUAACAAGAUCAACCGAGCCACAUCAAUUGGCAUCACGAAGAGCAACUUCUCAUUUUUGUUUUCU